AUGGAAAAAGAGGGAGAAAAAAAAAGGCGUAAAGAAUCCUCCAAAGUGGCCCACGACAAACCCGUUACAGUCUGUGUGUUAGAUUACAGCUGUAUCAUUCUGCCAGAACGACGCCCGGACUGGAGACCAGGCCGCCAGGAUACAGUUGCUAUACAACACGCCUUAGUCUUAGCUGCGAUGGAAGCUUGGGAUAACUUUGAAGAAAGGAUUUUACAAAGCCUCUGUAAGACAAUGCCAAACCGCGUUAACGCUGUAAUUACUGCAGAAGGCUGA